CGGCCGGCGACAGAACUGUGUCUUCCGUGAAAAAUCGCGCCUCGUUCCGCUAUCGCCGGAGUUGCAGAUGCCUGCGCCGAGAUUUUUUUUAAUUCGUUUGUCCAUGGAAUGAUUUUGGAAUUUCUGAAUUUCUUUAAUUGUUUUUUUUUCCUUCUGUUUUUAGCUUCCAAUUAUGUUGAAUUGUUAAGGCACAUUCACCUUGAUGCGCAGCAUACGAAAGGACGCGGCAGACAGCCACAAGAUCAACUGUCUCGUUCGCUCAUAUCUCUCCAGUGAAAACCAGUUUAACACGCUGGUAAAUAUUUCAAACCGAAGAAGAUUCUUCAAAAAUGAAAGAAUCGUUUGGUGAAUGUUUUAGUAAAAGUUAUUCAAUUGAAACGAGUGUUUAUAGCGACAGAAUUCGGCUGCGUAUUGGGUAGGGUAGGCUAUUAUUUAUGGUCUGAAACGCUUGGUUCCAGCACCUUGGACAGAGCUACACUCGCUUCGCCGCAGUACAAGAAAUAAGCACAACUGGAUUUAAACCUCAUAGGAAAGAGAAAAAGCAAACGGUUUUGGACAAUAGAAACCGCAUCCUUUUUGAAACAAGUGGCAGUUCCUGUACGGGACAAAGAGCGAUAACGGGAUCAAGUCCACUCCAUCUUCCACAGGUUACUGGCCAAAAGGGGUGCCUGAGAACUGCUGAUGCUUGUAGCCAGGGUCGCCCAACUCUGACACAGUGAGGAAGGGUCCCCCCCUGCCCCACGUCCACCACCUUAACCUGCCCUGAUCCGAGGAUAGCAGACCCCCCCCUCACCCGGGCACCAUGGGCACUGUGCUGUCCAUCUCUCCCAGCUACCGCAAGGCCGCGCUGCUGGAGGACGGGCCGGCCAGCGGGGGCCACUACACGGCCGCGCCGAAGGACAAGAACCUCAAGCGCAACUCGCUCAUCAACGUGCUGCCAUGGAAGCGCAUCGUGGCCGCCUCGGCCAAGAAGAAGGGCUCCAAGAAGGGGCAGGCGGACGGCGCGUACCAGAGCAGCGUGGCGCACCUGAACACGGAGAACCUGAAGAAGACCCAGUCCUGCGCCAACCUCUCCGCCUUCGCCCAGGACCCCGCCGGCCCGCUCCCCGCUAAGCCUUCCGGGAACGCGGCCUCCUCGGUGAAGAAGGCGGCGCCGGGCUCGUCCCCGGCCGGCGCGGGAACGCCGAGGCGCGUGAUCGUGCAGGCCUCCACCAGCGAGCUGCUGCGCUGCCUGGGCCAGUUCCUCUGCCGCCGCUGCUACCGGCUCAAGCACCUGGCGCCCACGGACCCGGUGCUCUGGCUGCGCAGCGUGGACCGGGCCCUGCUGCUCCAGGGCUGGCAGGACCAGGGCUUCAUCACGCCCGCCAACGUGGUGUUCGUCUACAUGCUGUGCCGCGACACGGUGUCCUCAGAGACCGCCACCGAGCAGGAGCUGCAGGCCGAGCUGCUCACCUGCCUCUACCUGUCCUACUCCUACAUGGGCAACGAGAUCUCCUACCCGCUCAAGCCCUUCCUGGUGGAGAGCAGCAAGGACGCCUUCUGGGACCGCUGCCUGGACAUCAUCAGCCAGAUGAGCGGCAAGAUGCUGCAGAUCAACUCCGACCCACACCUCUUCACCCAGGUGUUCGCCGACCUCAAGAACCAGAGCCAGGACGAGGAGAGGAGCCGUCUGGUGAUCGGGCGGGACCGAUGA